AUGGAUGUGCCAAUCAGCAAAGGUGGCCUCGAGAAUGCGAAGGCUUUUGCGAAUAAGAUCUGGAACGUCGGGCGAUUCAUCAUCACCGAACAUGAAAAGAAUGCGGAGAUUAUUUCCACGGCGUGGGUCCCAGAUGACUGCUUUGUGAACAGGGUUCUAGUUCCAAAAGGACAGUAUCCCUACCAGGGUCCUCAUAUCCUUUGUAUAUUCCUGCUGUAUUCUUGGGGGUUUCCCUUUUUUGGGGUCCCCAUUGCCGUCCUUCUAAAUCUGUUUGAGAAGCAUAGAGUGUAG